AUGGCUAGGGAAGAGGUUUUUUUCAUUGUCUGUGCCCUGGCCGGGGUUUCAGCCCUUGUCCUCUUUCAGCACUUCAACACUAUUAAGAGAGAAGGAAAGGGCAAAUCCCCAUCGCGGCUUUUACCUGUUACAUCUCGCCCGCGUCAGGGCACCCUGAGCGUGGCCCAUUCCCAGAGCCGCGCGCGCUCGCAGAACGUCCCGAACGGGUCCCCCCGACCCCUCUCCCACAGCCACCAUCGGGGUCGAGCCCAUUCCCGAUCCCAGGCCCCGCCUACAACGGGGACGAACGACUCCUCGUUGCCAGGGGUAGCCGCUUCGCUGGCGAAUCGGUUUGAACUGGCUGUCGACGGGGCGGGGGCCCUCCGCGGAGGGGGGGGGAUCAAUGGCAGCCGCGGAAACCACCUUGAGGUUCGCACCGAACCGCUCACAGCGCGGGCUCUCUCACAACAUAGCGAGAGGAAUAGCGCGGAGGGGGGAAGGUAUGCCAAUGAGGACAGGCUUUCGAAGCCUUCUCCUUUUCCGACUUCGGACAUGGCUUUACAUGGUCAAGCACCCCGCGGAACAUCCGCGAAUAGUCAUCGACAGCCUCACCUCUUUGGGCGACACCUCAGUCGGAGCACAUCGGUAGCCGCCACGGAUGGAAGUAAAUCAAUCCCAGCGGCAUCCCAAGCUGUCGCCCCCUCAGAGCAAGACUUUGAGGCGAGAUCGUUAAGCAUACAAGAUAAUCAUUUAGGACGCACAGGGAAAGGAAAGGGUCUAAGCACAUCCCCUUACAGCCGUGACGUCCGCUCAGUUAGUGAGGCUUCUAAGUCGAAAUCUCUACAUCGCCAGAAUCCUCAACCCGAGAAUCUUACAGUUGCGGUGAUUUCGACUCCGUCACCAGUGCAACCACAGACAAACACUGGAGACCUUACCGGUGAAUGCCUGUCUAUACUCAAAAAUACUGCACAGUCUACAAUUCACAUGGGGGACGUCCGCAAUGGUGAGUCAGCGGCAUGUAGAGCCGAUAAUGCCGCACUGAGCCCAGUCAAACCCGAGGGUUUGAUGGAAUCGGCAGUCUUCACGCCAUCGCCUUCCAGAGGGUUGGAGCUUUCUCCCAUCAUCACACGCCCAGACGUUGAUGACUGCUCACCGGAAGGAAGAGUGGUAGCGGCUAUGAUUGAGGAGUCUGUGAAAGUUUCCAGCUCGCCGCCGCAUAACAAGAUUGAGAGCCUGGAAUCUAAGACUGAGCGCCUGCCGUACUUUUUACUUAUGGAGAUGGAAGAGCAAGUGAGUGUUAUCCUUCAAAAUCUUUAUUACGCGCCAUGGAAGCCGCGGCUAUGGAUGCUCCUUUACUCAUACCUCAAACAGCUUCCGAGGUCUGCCAUUAUGCAUCUUGCACAAUGCGAGACGAUAACUAGCGUGCUUCAUCGGCUUGAGCAUGUUACUACUUUACAACCCCUUGGUGGUUUUGUGGACAAGGAGAGAGCGGAAGGCGAUAUCGCCUUUCUUUCUGAGGUUCGCCAAGAAACGUGUGCGAUAUUGCUUGUGCCAACCCUUGGCACAUUGGAACCUAUCUCGGACUUUCAUUUUGAAUGGAAGGACAAAAAAAUCAUACGAUACCGCGGUAACUCCCUUCCCAAAAGGCCUGUUGUGAACCACAGCAUUAACGCGUCGUCAGCGCAUCCCUCUUUCCAUGAUUCUCUCUUGGUGUUCUCCGAGUCUGGGACUAAUGAGGCAUUGUCCUCUAUGACUACAGAUGCUGACAAUGUCAUGACAGUGCUGCGGCACUUCCGAUUUUUAUUCACAGAGGCUGCGGAGACGCAAGUGACAUCCUCGCAUACGGGAGGGAAGGCGGCGGGUGUGGAGAAGGAGUUCCGAGAUGCCGCCUGUCAAGCAGCUCCGGACGCGACCUGUCUUCCUACCACCGAUGAGGCGACGACCUCUUCCAUGUGCGACCUCCGCACACCUCUUCGUAGUAUCAGCGCGGAGUCCGCCCUGAAGACGAGUGAGGCCGCACUUCGUGUCCUUCAAACGUUUACCCAGCUUACGUCGGAUGAUGCCUUCCAGAAACUUCAUCGUGAUCCACAGUACGCGGUGAUGGCGCAUGAAUUCACGGACCUAGCCUUAGAAGUGAAGCGACUCCUGGACUGCACAAACGGAUUAGAAGUAGAGUCAUUGAACACGCCUGAAGGGGUGCAGCUGCGACCCGCUGCGUCCAAGAAGUCUAUAAAUACAGUCAAAGAAGAGAAUAAGGGCACUUUGGUCCGACCAAAUCAUGUAGAGAAUUCCAGGAAUUGGCAGAACCAUUUAAACUCAGGAGUCAAGCAAACUCAAGUUGACGCUAAAAAUCGACGUGAAUCAGUGCAGGCUCAACACCAUCUUCAAACACAGAUGAAUAAGGUGGUUGGGAGUCCUUUCAAGGCGGCAAAGCCGCUGACGCCUAAAAAGCCCAGCCUGGGAGUACAACGCAAGGGUUUAAUAUCGUACACCUCAUCGCAACUCGUCUCCGCAGGAUUCUGA